AUGUUGCUUAAACAAAGCUUGUUAAUCAAGCGUUUAUUUAAAAUUAUUUUUGUUCUUUUUUUGCUCCCUCAAACUUCCCAAGGUAUUCAACGGGAUGUAAAGGAGGAAAAAGAAUCGUUGAUCAAACAAAUUAAUUCAAUCGUGAACCUUGUGGAGAAAGAAGUUGAAGGCUUUAAAGGCCUCACUUGGAAUUCGUUUCCUGAACAAAUUCAAAAUCUUGUAUUUAUGAAGGUAGUGGAAAAUGAAAAAUGUUAUAUAACAGAUUUGAAUGGGAAGAAGUUGGCGGGCAUUGGUGGUAUUGUUAAUUACGUUCAGACAACAUCUAACAAUCCAAUAAGCGAAAAUACAGAGGUACUUAUUUUAGAAUUCUUUAAAUAA